AUGGCAGUUCUACAGCUCUUGUGUUUCCUCCUGAUCCUCCAGCAAGGGUUGGCUGAUGUGGUGACCCCGAUUACGGAACCACCCACCAGGAUUAAUGGUGGGCAGCUGGUGAAUGAGACGGUGCCCUUCCAGGUGUCCCUGCAAAUGCAACGUCGUGGUCGCUGGCAGCAUUUCUGCGGAGGAUCCAUUGUGAGCGGUCAACAUGUCCUUACGGCGGCCCACUGUAUGGAGAAGAUGAAGGUGGAGGAUGUCAGCGUGGUCGUUGGGACACUCAACUGGAAGGCUGGUGGACUGCGUCACCGGGUGGUGACCAAGCACGUCCACCCGCAGUACUCCAUGAAUCCCCGGAUCAUCAACGACAUCGCCCUGGUUAAGGUUACUCCUCCCUUCCGUCUGGGGCGAUCUAAUAUCAGCACCAUUCUCGUUGGGGGAUCCGAUCGGAUUGGUGAAAAGGUUCCCGUCCGCCUCACCGGCUGGGGAUCCACCUCUCCAUCAACUUCCGCGGCAACUCUGCCGGAUCAACUGCAGGCGCUGAACUAUCGCACCAUCUCGAACGAGGAGUGCAACCAGAAGGGAUUCCGGGUCACCCGAAAUGAGAUCUGCGCCCUGGCUGUCCAGGGUCAAGGGGCAUGUGUGGGCGACUCAGGUGGACCGCUGAUUAGGCCCGGUCCCCAGCCUCAUCUCGUGGGCAUUGUCUCCUACGGCUCAUCCACCUGCGCCCAGGGCAGGCCCGAUGUCUACACACGCGUGUCCAGUUUUUUGGCCUACAUCAGCCAGGUGAUCAACCAGGAUCUGGCCCAAUAAAUACCGUCCUGCUGCGCAUAAAUAAACCAUGGCUGGCCUGAAAUUCCUGAGAGUCUUGCGUUCUUGGCUAUUCAUUCGCCUCUUUCUUCGUUUUUGGCGACUAAUUAAAAAUCUUGUUCAAUAUUCGCCACAGCCAGAGGGAAGGCGGAGGAGUCUGGGUGGAGUCCACACAGUCGCUGGGUCGCCUCUCCAUCUUCAUGGUCUAGGCUUGGCCCGACUCCAGCUAAAAACUUGGGCUGCCGCCUGCCAGGGCGACCAUGAUAAAUGCAAAAAGCAAUUUAUCGCGCAUUUAACUCAAUUCAGUUUCUUUAUGGCAGCGGGUUGAGGAUGUGGCUGUGGGGACGUGGGGAUGGUGGAGCCUGCCACAAAGUUUCGCUGACACGCACACUGCUGCGAACUGCGAACUCCUCUCCAAAGACCGGGCCUUGUAAUUCGAUAUUAGAUUUUAUGCGCGACAAAUACGAAGUGCAAACAUUUUUAUGUUCCCGCCGUUUCUAUGCUGCGAUUGCUUCGGUUUGCCAUGUGUAGUGGAAACGAUUUAACGGGGCGCCGACUUUGACUUUAGCUUUAACUUUGGUCUCGACUCGACU